CUCUCUCUCUCCUAGUUCGCUCAUUCCCAUCUCUGUUUGUCUGGAGCACCCAAUUUCCGCCGGGAAACACAUUCUCCGGCGAAAACAAUGCCAUUUAGCCCGGAAAGAUCCAACUUGAUGCAAUCCCAAAUCCUCUGAUCUCUCUCUCGCUCUCUCUAUACACACACAUACAUACACUUAUAUAUGCGUCUCAGUCUCUUUCUCUCUCUCUCUCUCUCUCUAUUUUCUACCUCCAAGAUGUCAGUGUACGACGCCGCAUUCGUGAACAGCGAGCUCUCGAAACCGACAUCAAUCUUCGGACUCCGACUAUGGGUGGUAAUCGGAAUUUUCGUCGGUGCAAUCAUCGUUCUCUUCCUCUUUCUCCUCUCUCUCUGCAUCACCUCUCGCCGGCGCAAAAGCACCAAUAAAUUCCACCGCCCGGCCAAGCUCUCCAGCGAGCUCACUCCUGUCGUUUCCAAAGAAAUCCAAGAGAUCUUCCACGGCUCCGCUCCUGAUCACCGCCCCAUCCUCCCUCAGGGGUUACCGGAGAUCCAGAUAGAUAUGGGGAAGGUAGAGCACAGAGUGGUGUUUUCGGAUAGGGCGUCAAGUGGGGAGAGUAGGGCGACGAGUGGGGCUGAUACGGCGUCGUUUGGGGGUGGUGGGUCGUUGCCGGAGGUUUCGCAUUUAGGUUGGGGACGGUGGUACACUUUGAGAGAGCUUGAGGCGGCCACUAAUGGUUUGUCUGAUGAGAAUGUGAUCGGAGAAGGCGGAUACGGGAUUGUGUAUGGUGGUGUUUUGGCAGAUAAUACUCGCGUGGCUGUGAAGAAUUUGUUGAAUAACAAGGGUCAGGCUGAGAAGGAGUUUAAAGUAGAGGUUGAAGUAAUUGGCCGCGUGAGGCACAAGAAUCUUGUCAGGUUGCUAGGAUACUGCGUUGAGGGAGCUUAUAGGAUGCUUGUUUAUGAGUAUGUGGAUAAUGGGAAUUUAGAUCAGUGGCUUCAUGGAGAAGUUGGGGAAGUCAGCCCUUUAACAUGGAAUAUUCGUAUGAAUAUUAUACUGGGAACAGCGAAAGGCUUGUCCUAUCUCCAUGAGGGUCUUGAACCUAAGGUUGUACAUCGAGACGUUAAAUCUAGCAACAUUCUACUUGAUCGUCAAUGGAAUUCAAAGGUGUCCGAUUUUGGGCUGGCCAAGCUUUUGUGUUCUGAGAAUUCUUACGUGACAACUCGUGUGAUGGGAACCUUUGGUUAUGUUGCACCAGAAUAUGCUUGCACUGGGAUGUUGAAUGAGAAGAGUGAUGUUUAUAGCUUUGGAAUACUUAUCAUGGAGAUUAUUACUGGGCGAAACCCUGUUGAUUAUAAUCGACCCCAAGGAGAGGUUAAUUUGGUGGAUUGGUUGAAAACGAUGGUUGGAAACCGAAAAUCUGAGGAAGUGGUGGAUCCCAAGUUGCCUGAGAUGCCUGCUUCAAAAGCACUCAAACGUGUUCUUUUGGUUGCUCUUCGAUGUGUUGAUCCCGAUUCACAUAAGAGGCCCAAAAUGGGGCAUGUAAUCCACAUGCUUGAGGCGGAUGACUUGCUAUUUCGGGAUGAAAGACGAAUUGGAAAAGAAUCUUCCCACUCCCAUCGCAAUCACAUAGAAGACAAUCAUGCUGGUCCAAAAUUAGGUGAUAAACAACUUGGCGAAGGCACUUCUGAUACCAGUGAAGGUGAUAGUAGUAGGAACCUUAACCAGCCAAAUAGGAGGAGAUAGCGCUACGGAAAUAUUGCCACCUACGGUUCGACCUAAUGCAAGUUUUUAAAGCUUAACUGUAAUUUAUUUUUCUUCCAUAGUUUUUUGCUGUACGGUCACUUCCUGUCACAUGUAUUUUGUAUAAUACAAAUAAUUGAUUC